AGUGUAAUCAGCUGUCAAAUUAAUGUAAACAUCCCGUAUGUGUUUUUGUUUCCAUCAGCCAAAUCGCUUGCACAAUUUUAAUUGUUUUUCUUAAAAAUAAACAAUGAUGCCUGGUCGGUUGGGUAUGCCAAUUGCCCAGGAACCACUAUGGAUCUCUUGGCAUGACUCCAAUUGGAUUCCCAUCCUCAAUCCCACAAAUGUUAUGGACUAUUUCUCUGAGAAAUCCAAUCCCUUCUACGAUAGAACGUGCAACAAUGAACUGGUUAAGAUGCAGAGGCAAAGUCUUGAGCAUCUCAACAAUAUGAUUGGUGUUGAAUUUAUCCUGCUACAUGUGCAGGAUCCUAUCCUGUAUGUGAUCAGGAAGCAGCACAGACACUCUCCUACAGAAGCUACACCUCUAGCGGAUUAUUACAUUAUCGCUGGGACUGUUUAUCAAGCUCCGGACUUAGCUAGUGUUUUCAAUUCGCGGCUUUUGUCUGCUGUUCAUCAUCUCCAGAGUGCUUUUGAAGAGUCUUCGGGUUACUCUAGGUAUCAUCCGAACAAGGGCUACACAUGGGAUUUUUCAUCCAACAAAGCACUUGCUGACAAAUCCAAGACGCAGGCGAAGAAGGAACCAGCUCCCGUGAAGGAAGAAGCCAGUUCGCUAUUCCAAAGGAAACGAGUUGAUAUGCUUCUCGGAGAAUUAAUUAGGAAGUUUCCUCUGCCGCUUCCACCAUCACAGCAGAACCCUGCACAUCAUCAGCAAACGGGAAAUGUGAAUGGGAAUAUUAAGAAAGAACCAGAGACAGACACAAAACCCGACAUCAGUGGUCAAGAAACGACUCAGACAAAUGGAGCCGGAGAAGGAGAAAAUGGAGCUCCAAGCAAUCUUCUCACUGAGAUUAAACAAGAGAACAAGAGUGAGAUGAAGCCUCCUCCAGAGAAAAAGAUGAAAUUUAACUAGAAAUAAUUUUAAGAAAAUAAACAAGAAUAAUCCGGAA